AUGUCGACAACUACGCAGGGGCGAUGUCGCCCAGCAUCCAUCGCAAGCUCAGCAGACGCCCUGGCGAUGCUCAAGAAGGACACCAGCACAAUUGCUUCUGUUUCAUCGACUAGCAGCAAUACCUCGGACCUGCUAACACCGCUGCUUCCGACAGCAGCCUAUCCCACGACCAUAUUUCCGCAUCAAGUGCGAGCCGAACCGAUGAUGUCGUCUCAGACGCAAGAUACGCCGGUGCCGGGGCCGGAAGACGCUUGGCUUGACAUCACUUUGGCGUCGCUCUGCACGACCUCCAGGAUGGUAGCGCCAAUUUGCGGUGGUCAGGCCCACGAGCCGAGCCUUCAAAUGUCCGUGCCGCCGAGUUGCAGCUCGUCAAGGACAUCAGAAGUACCACAUCCGAUGCUGGCGAAACGAUCAUGGUCGAUUGCAGCUGCAAGCAACUUGUUCAGCCUCGAAGGAGGACUGUCUGAUGAUCGAUCUAUGUCUGUCUCGGAUCUUCUUCGGGAAAUAUUGCCUGAAUCGAGCCCCUGGUCGGAGACAAGCUACUCGACGAUGGAGCAGACGCCAUCGGGAUGCUCUCUUGACACUUCGACGGCCUUGGGACUCUUCUUUCCUUCAGAAGGGCAGACGACGCUCGGAAAAAGGUCCUUUGGGGACAUCGAUGCUAUCAACAACUAUUCCUUUGCGUCAGAGGAGAGUGCUGCUUCGGCAACGGCUGCGGAUGCUUUGUUGUCAGCAGGGAAGCUUUCCCCAUUGGGCGCCCCCAGCCUGGCUUCCAACAGCUGCGCAGAGCCUCCCCUUCUCCAAUUCAACCAGGCUGAAGAGCGUCAAGACCAGGUUCCUGUAUCGAACUUGACAAUUCUGAACGAGCCUCCGACAGUCACGGGCUACAGUCGAGCUGUGACACAGAUGCACUCCGAGCGGCUUGGAGCCCUUCUUGGCCUCCCUUCUCCCAUUAUGCAGUCAUAUCAGCAGAGCAACGCCGGAACCUCCUCCAAACCACCAGGCAAUACGAGGCUCGAAAGUUCAGAGUAUCCCCUGAACUUCUUGACGGCACCGAUCACGAGCCAAAGCGCGUCUCUAACGGCAAUAACGCCAGCACAAAUUCGAGCGGCGACAAAGCGCUGCUUGCAGAACGCAGUCCUGGGUGGCAAAAUGGCUUUCUUCCUUCUAGAUCACCAAGAUCACAUCGUCUCGGCCGCAGACUCUGCGAUCCUGUGCGAAAUGCUCACUACAGGUCCAGUUGGUAAUGGUGAGAUAGAAGAGACUCUAAGGCAGCCAGCCACUUGGGACUCGCUGCGUGCGUCGAAGAUAACCUUCUCCGAGCUGCUUUCUGACCACCAGACCGUGGCAUGGUGGCAGAAAGCGUGCCGCGAGGUCUUACUACAGCAGUACCAACAGGAUCGCUGGGCUUCGCAAGACCGCCGUGGUGGCAGGAUACCUGUUCGACAUCCUCACUACUCCAAGGAGAUGGUUCUUUCCUGGAAAGUCGAGUCAGGUGCACACCAGCUGGUUGAGGUCAAAGUCUCCACGGUUGCAACGCAAAGCGACGCCGACGAGAUCUGCAUAUUCGCCACUGUGCGGAUGUGCCGACUCCCGACGUUGGCUGCCAUAGCGGCUCCCUACACGUUGGACCCCCAUGCUUCCUGGUAUGCCCCAAAAAUGGCUCGAUCCGCACACCAAGCUCACUGGGAGGUACGACUGCUCGUCUCGAGACACGGUCUCAUCCUGCGCAUAUCGACAUCUCGACUCGGAGACACGUGCAGAGGAACAAGAGGAAAGAAUGGCACCAGCAGAUGUACGGUGAUCCGCUCGAUUCUAGGUCCUACUUGUCCAAUGCCGCUCGUCGGACAGAGCCUUGUGGACACUGCCUGCCUCACUCCGUUGCUUCCUGUCGCUGCGCAGGCUGCCAUUGUCGGGCUGGCACAAACCGUUCAGCUCAACGUAGCGGGUAGGCUGAUCGCUGCAGUGGUUCAGCCAGUGAUCGAGAAUCUCACGAAAGCGGACGAAAUUCCUCGUCGAGCCCGCCAGGUGGCAAGCAAAGUGUGGGUGACACUGUCGUCGUCGGAUCCAGACUGGAGUCGUCAACAUGCAACAAGUGAACCUCUCACCCAAACCAGCAGGCACAACCGCUAUUCAAGCUAUGGUCGAAGCGCGAGCAGCUCGUUUGUGCAAAGCCACAUGCACAGUAGCCAUGCGCCUCGUCAUUCCAUCAGCGUGUUUGUGCCCGCAAGCACCAGCUUGUCGCUGCCGAAAGCUACGCCGUCCAAUCGCCGAGCUUCAGUUCAUUUCGACUGGUCUUCGAUUGCCAAAUCCUCCGCAAAGUACAGCUCCUACCAGCAUGGGCUGGGAAGAAUCGACGAAAGCGAAGAUCCACGCGGCAUCGGUGCAGGUGUGCAAAGCGAAGUGCACGACACCCUCACCUCGAUGACGGCGCAGCUCGAGCUGGAAAAUCGCUCACUUCGCAAGCGCCUCGGUAUGCAGCCGAGAAACGGUGUAACUUGA